AUGGCCCGACUCCAUUUCAGAUCUAGUUUCAUUGACCUAUUCUUCCUCGCAGGGUCAACCCUCUUGCUCUUAUUGAUUGUCCUUUCUGGCUCCAGUCGUAAUCCUUCCUUCCCCCUCGACCACUUCUACUGGCUCGAAGCUGACACCAGUGAUAUCCCUAACGCUUAUGCCAACACCCGCUGGACAUACUGGGGUCUCUGUGAAAAAGUUGGCCUGGUCUCCAAGAACUGUUAUGACAUUGGCCCAGCAAUCCCAAUCUCCCCAGUUGACAACUUUGAAACUGAAACUAAUAUCCCAGAUUAUGUCGUUAACAACCGUGACACUUUCUACUACUUGUCCAGAGUUGCUUGGGCUUGUUUGCUCAUUUCCUUGGUGUUUACCGGGAUCUCAUUGAUCAUUUGCUUGAGUGCCAUUUUCUCGUUCCAUUUGCAAAAACUCACUGCCAUCUUCACCUUCAUUGCUUCUACUUUACAAUUCGCCGCCGCUGCCUUAUACACCGCCACCGUCGCCCUUGCCAAACAAUACUUUGUCGAUGCCAAGAUUGGUCCUGCUUUGAUGGGGUUUGUAUGGGCCAGUGCAGUGUGUAAUUUGAUUGUCCUUGUCACCACUUUUGGGGCAUGUGUCAGAGAAGCCUACCUCCGUGCCAAAGAAAGACACGCUGUGGCUAACGGUAGUGUUUAUACCGAAAAUGAAAAACACAGCGAAUUGUUGGGUAAUCUCCACCAUCACCAUCACCAACAAGCGGUGCCUGCCCUCCCAGUGGUUUCUCCUACUACCACCGCAGUGCCUCCUCAACAACCACAACCAGUGGUCGCCACUGACGUUCCAGUACAGCAGUUUGAAGACCCAUACGCCGCCACCACUUCUGAAGAACCUGCCACCAAAAGUGGGGGAAUCAAUUUCUUCAAAGUUAAGAGAAACAGAAAAUCCGAUGAAGAAAGCGAUCUUUAG